CGUUACUGAUAUCAUAUACGAUUCGAGCCAAAGCCCAUGAACCAUAGUGAAUAAAAGAAAAUAUAAGUCUUGAUAAGUCUUUUUUAUAUCGAUAUGAGAUUUUAAUAAAAAAUGGUUAAGGAUAAUAUAUUUGUAUAAUUUUGUUAAUCCUGUUAGAGCAAAUAUUGAGAAUUUGCUGAAAAUUGUCUUUACUUAUUUGUACUGUAUAUAAUAACUAAUCAUGGGAGAAAAGAGGCAAAAUAGUUUAUCUAAAGAAGAAAUUGCAAAGCAGUUCAUGCUGCCAGAAAGAAAAAGUAAAAUAGCUACUUUAUUAAAGCAAGAUGGACAAGCAUAUUGUAUAUGCAGAAGUUCUGAUAGCUCCCGUUUUAUGAUUGGUUGUGAUGCAUGUGAAGAAUGGUAUCAUGGUGAUUGUAUAAAUAUAACUGAGAAAGAUGCUAAACAUAUUAAACAGUUUUUCUGUAUUCGUUGUAAAGAGGAAGAUCCAACAUUGAUUACACGAUACAAACCACGUAAAACAGAUCAAGAAGAUCGAAAACAUAAAAAAUAUAAGGAAAAAGAACGUGCUCAUAGAUAUGAAUAUGAUGCACCUUGGGAUCCAACAUUAGUUAAAAAAUCGUCUAAACGAUGUGGAGAAUGUACAGGUUGUCUUCGUACAGAAAAUUGUGGAAAAUGUGAUGCUUGUAGACAUUUAAAAAAAUUUGGUCCUUCUGUACGAUUAAAACUUAGAUGUAUACAAAGAACUUGCAGAGUACUGGGUGAUCCACUGAAGCCAUCAAAAAGUUUCACCAAAGCUUCAAAGUUCAAUAAAAAGCGUAGAAGGGAUUCAAGUAAUGAAAGAAUAGAAUAUUUAGAAGCACCACGACAAUGCUAUGGACCUGCUUGUACAAAACAAUCACGUCCAGGUAGUAAAUAUUGUUCAGAUGAAUGUGGAUUAAAGCUUGCUACAAACAGAAUUUAUCAAGUAUUGCCACAACGUAUACAAGAGUGGUCAUUAACACCAUGUAUUGCUGAACAGAAUAACAGACGUGCUUUAGAAUCAGUUAGGAAACAGCAACAUGAUGUUAGAAGAAUACUUCAAGAAUUAGAUAAAAGACAUGCAGAAUUAGACAGAAUAAUAGAACGUGCUAAACAUGCAUCUAUAGAUCCACAAACAGAGGUUGAUGAUAAUGAUGAUACUGAAAUGAGCAUGUAUUGUAUUACUUGUGGACAUGAGAUACAUUCGAGGACAGCUAUUAAACAUAUGGAAAAAUGUUUUAAUAAAUAUGAAUCACAAGCAUCAUUUGGCUCCAUUUUUAAAACACGUAUCGAAGGACAAGUAAUGUUUUGUGAUUUUUAUAAUCCUGUGAAUAGAACUUAUUGCAAAAGAUUACGUGUACUUUGUCCCGAACAUUGUAAAGAUCCAAAAAUCAGCGAAACUGAAGUUUGCGGAUGUCCGUUGGUUACUAAUGUAUUUGAUGCAACUGGUGAAUUCUGUCGCGCUCCAAAGAAGAGUUGUGUUAAACAUUAUGUUUGGGAAAAACUACGUCGUGCAGAAAUAGAUAUGGAAAGAGUAAGACAAUGGUUAAAAAUUGAUGAACUCGUCGAACAAGAAAGACAAAUUAGAUCAAAUAUGGCCACUAGAGCUGGAGUAUUGGCUUUGAUGUUACAUUCUACUUAUAAUCACGAAUUAAUGGAACAAAUGACUCAAGAACAAAGUAGAGAACAGCUGGAAGCAAUGGAAGAAGAACUACAACGUAGAUAUAAUUUACACCAAAAAAAAUCAAUAGAACAAGAAGCAUAGUUUCAUUGUAACAUAUAAAUAUGAAUUUAAGUCAGUUUUA